AUGGACACAGCCCCUGGAGAGCUCGACGUAGGCAGGGCAGUUCAAGCUGCUCGAGAAGCACUUAAGCAGCCUUCAUGGAGGUCACUGUCUGGCACUGAGCGAGGCCACCUGAUGAACCGGUUGGCGGACUUGGUAGAUGAACAUGGUGAAACGCUUGCUGCCAUUGAGACGCUCGAUAAUGGCAAGCCGCUGUCCAUCUCACGAAGCUACGAUGUACCGCACUUCUCCGAGGUGCUUCGCUAUUAUGCCGGAUGGGCAGAUAAGAACCAAGGUUCGGUGAUUGAUAUUGGACCGAAGAAGAUGGCUUACACAGUCAAACACCCUGUCGGCGUAUGCGGCCAGAUCAUCCCCUGGAACUAUCCCCUUGAUACGGCAGCGUGGAAACUUGGUCCUGCCCUGUCGUGCGGAAACACGAUAGUGCUCAAGCUGGCGGAGCAGACGCCAUUAUCGAUGCUGUACGUGGCACAGCUCAUACGUGAAGCGGGUUUUCCCCCCGGAGUCGUCAAUAUUAUUAGUGGGCGCGGCGGAGAGGCGGGCGCUGCUCUGGCACGUCACCAAGAAGUGGACAAGAUUUCCUUUACAGGCAGCACGGUAACGGGCAAGGAGGUGAUGCGCAUGGCAGCUGGCACACUCAAGGCAGUCACUCUGGAGACGGGGGGCAAGUCACCGCUGAUUGUGUUUGACGACGCGAAUCUGGAGCAGGCUGUGAGAUGGGCCCACGAGGGAGUCAUGGCCAACCAAGGCCAAAUGUGCACGGCAACGUCACGGCUGUUGGUACAAGAUGGAAUCUACGAUAGUUUCGUGGAGAGAUUCAAGGCUUUCACGGAGGAGACUUCGAUCCUGGGAGACCCAUUUGACGGGAGGACAUAUCAGGGGCCCCAGAUCAGCAAGGCACACGCGGAACGCAUCAUGUCGUACAUAUCGUCGGCUCGAAACGAUGGAGCUGAAGUCUUUCAUCCUCGCGGGGAUUUGCCCUCAAGAGGAUUCUUCGUUCCACCAACUAUCCUUACCAAUGUCAAGACGAACACAACGGCCUUUCAGGAGGAGAUCUUUGGCCCGGUAGCAGCCAUUGCGCGGUUCAAAGGAGAGGAAGAAGCUGUAGAAGUCUCCAACGCGAGCAGGUAUGGGCUUGCUGGCGCAGUCUUCACAAAGGAUCUGGGAAGAGCACACCGUGUGGCGCGGAAUUUGGAGGCUGGUAUGGUGUGGGUGAAUAGCAGCAACGAUUCUGAUACGAGAGUCCCGUUUGGAGGGGUGAAGGAGAGCGGAUAUGGGAGAGAGCUUGGUGAAGAUGGACUGAAGGGCUACUAUUCUGUCAAGGCGGUGCUUGUCAACUUGACGGAUGAGUGA